CCUUGUCCUCCUCCUGAUCCAGUGCUCUCCCCGCCCCUCCCACCCACCGCCGUCCUCCUCACCCGUCGCCGCCGACCUUGUCCGUCCCUCCCCUCACCAUCUCACCCUACCCUAUGCCCCAGAUCAAGUCGAGCAGGUCGGCAUCGCAUCUCGUCGCGGCAUCCCAUCGAUCCACGGCCAGAUCCGCCACCUCGACCCGCUCCUUGUCCCACCCACCCCGAUCGGAGGGAGUUGGCCCUUGCGGAGCGGCAUGGACUCAGCGAUGCUCUCGCUCACCUGCGCGGGCCUCGGGGCCGGGGAGGAGGAUGACGACGGAGGCAUCGUCGGCUAUGUCAAGGGAGACCACUGCCUCGAUACCACCCCUACUCUCCUCGCCUUUCCCUGUCAAGGGAAACCAAUGUCGCUGGAGGCGCAUGGCCCCGGCGGCGACCGGCCGGAGAAGCCGCGCCGCUACGAGGUCACGAAGAUGAGGAGCCCCUGCUACUCCUUCCGUCCCGCCCACCACACGCUCCAGGUCAUUGUUGUGAAGGCCGCCACGGGAAAGCGUGGGGGAUUUGGCACAAGGCAGGUGAUCGAGUCUAUGCUCUCUCCUCCAUGGAAAGGCCUAAAUUCAGCUUGACAGAGAGCACACGAAUGUUUUCAUAGUGUGUUUAGGUUGUGGAACUUAUAGUUAGAAGGUUUAGAAAAUGUUAGUCGAGCUAACUAUUCACAAUCUGAAGUAACUUUAACUUGGUACAAAAUUGGUCUGAUAUUAGUUUUAUAUCACAAAAGUAGGGAGGUUCCUACUGCUUAUUAGUAUCACCUUCGGAUUAUUACUGCGUUGAGUUCACCACUGUACUGAUUAUCAUGGCGAGCAUUUGUUUAAUCACUAGAAUACAUUGUCUGUUGGGAACUCUAUUUACCUUACCUUACAUGUACAAUGUACAAUGUCAGUUUGUGUAAUAUUACAAAUGUCUGUGAGGGUCCUUUGUGCUACUACUAUAAUUUCAUUCAUGAAUUCUGCACAUAGAAUUUUCAUCGUGCUAUAAAAUUGCUUGUGUCUAAAUCUGUUUGUCAUUGCUAGUGAGAAGUCAAUUAUUGCUGGUGUGUCCAGGAUUCUAUUUCUGUCAUCUAAAAUAUGUGUUAAUUCUGAUACAACGUAAAGAGCUAUGUGAGCCCUCCUGGAAGGGGAUUCGGUUGGACCACUGAUUGACCUCCCCAUAGACUUUGACCCAAGGUAAACAUGAAUUUGCUUUUGUUGUUGCUACAAAUGUCAUGGGAGUCUUGUUGAGAAUAUUUUGUGAGUAAACCCUGUGGUAACAAAACCAUAUGUCAUGGGAGUGUGACAUGUACUGUCUGUGAAUGCCUGUGAUUGGAUUAUUGGAUAUCUGUUGAUUAUAUGUCCUUAUCCAUCAUAGCCUGCUUGUUCUUGCAAGCAUUAUUAGUUGGGUUGUGUAGGUGCCAAAUUCUGCUUCUGGAUUAGUCUAUUGUUCUCCUGAGAUCCUCUUUUUUCCUACAUUGUCUGUUGUUUGGAUGGGCCGCUAUCAUAAGUCCAUGAGCCGGAGCGCUCACUGCUCGACCAUUUCUUUACUGAACUGGAAGCAACAGAGGCAGACAGAGGCAAGAUAUUUGAAACAAGCUGAAGUCCUUUUGAUCUUGAUUGCUAGCAUACACAUGCAACCUGAUUGGUGAUGUUACUGUAGAUAUGAUGUAUGUUCAGUGCUUACUAUAUUUUGAUGUCAUGCAUGUUACCUUCGUUUCUGUCUAUGCCUUCUUUAGUGUUUUGCCAGCUAACUAGUCUAUUGGGUGUUUUGAAAUAUGCAGAUGCAUGUAAGCAUGGUUGCUGGCAAUCUGGCACAUCAUAUCAGUCUUAUCCCUUGUUCUGUCAUUAGCAUACACUACAGUUUGGUGCUGAUUUUGCGGUGAUAUGAACUUGCAACAGUAUUACAUUGUAGUGUUUUCUACAUGUUAUCAUAUCACUAGUGUCAUGCUGCCUUCACAUUUGAAUCUAUUACUUGUUUUUGUUUUUAUCAUUGAUUAGUAUAAAUUGUUGUAUUGUAGACUUAAAAUUGUGGUGGUUCCGCUUUUACAGAAGCUCAAGUGUGAAGUGUGAAGUGUGAAGCAAGUGUGAAGUCGUGAAGUACUACUCAGUGAAGAGUAGCAUACUAUAGCAUAUUUGUGUUGUAAAGAUUGUAAUAGAUUUAUUUAGUGGUAAUUUGAUGGAUUUUAUGUGUUCUUUGUUCUAUUUGAAAUAUUGAUUAUGUAUGUGGUUUGAAAACUGGUGAAAUGGAAACUUGACAAGUGGGGCUACUUAUGAAAAUAAUCUUUCUAAUUUGUACAUUUCUGACAUGUGGGACCAAUUUGAGAGAUGAACAUGACAAGCGGGACCCAUCUGACUAGUGGGAACCAGCUUGAAUAUAUAA